UUACAACUACUCAGGCUGGAGAUGUUUUGAUAUUGUGGAUAUUACUUAAAGUAAUUGUCAAGUCAGAAUAUAUAAGGCAUUCGAGCCUAGCUUAAUUUUUUCUAGGGGUCAAUUUCAAAAUGAAAUACGUUACGUACGUAAGCCAGCGGACCUGCGGCAGCCCGCCUGUGACGUCGUCAAGGACGUGGGACUCGCUCGGCUCCAGUGUCUCCUCGUCAAUAUUUACCAUCCCUCAAGACCUCUUCAUCGACACUGUAGAGUCCAACAACUUCAUUUCCUCUGCACUGACCGGUCUCUUUGCCAACACCGAGGACAGCACCGCCCGCCUGCCAUCUCCCUUGGUCCUCGAGGCUCUGGGAAAUGGGGGGGAAGAGGGAAGAGGUAUGUUUGAGUCCCGUCUGGACCCUUUCUCUCGACUGAGAGUGAGCGCUGCGGUGUGGACCCGACAAGGCUCACGAACCCAAGUGUUCCGACAGUAAGCCUGAGUGAUCCUCGAGAGUGGUAGUUGCAGUGGAGCUCCGAC